AUGAUCCAUCAUUAUGUCACUAGUACUCCAGUAUUUCUCUGCGUUCCUGAUGAGUCAACUUAUCGGCCAAAUGUAAGCAACAGAAGGCAUAAUAUACUGGACUUCUUUAUCAGCACUAUACAAUUCAGUGAUGAUGUCCGUGGUGAUGGUGGUGCCCAUGGUGAUGGUGGUGUCCGUGAUGAUGGUGGUGAUCAUGUCCAUGAUGAUGGUGAUGAUUAUGGUGAUGAUCGUGGUGGUGGUCGUGGUGGUGGUCGUGAUGGUGGUCAUGGUGGUGGUCGUGGUGGUGGUCGUGAUGAUGAUCAUGGUGAUGAUCAUGUCCGUGAUGGUGAUCGUGGUGUCCGUGGUGGUGGUGAUGGUGGCGUGCUUCCACCUCUGGGACUGGAUUAG